AGAGUAGAGAGAGAGGAGAUGGCUAUAGCAGCACGGUUUGGUCGCCAAGCAAAACGCUCAUACCAGUCCUAUGGAUUCUGUGCAAAGAUGACAGCUGUGGCCAUUUUGGGUCUGUGUUUUAUAUUCGUUUGGUCUGUAUUUUCAUCAUCUUCUACUUUUAUUGCCUCUCAAAGGAGUACUUUCGACGAUAUAGCUGAACCCGUAUUGGCAAAUGGGAAGAUCAACAAGAAGGAACCAGGAAAAGAUCAAGUGAGAAAAGAAGAAAAGAAUGCGAAAUCACAAUCUGAUUUGGAUGUGAAAGAUGAGAAAAAGGUUGAGGGGUCUCUAACACCUGUAUCUGUUAAUCAACACAAGAAUGAGAAAAAAGAGGCUAAUGAGAAUAGAGAGGGAGAGAAUGUGAAGUUACCCAAAAAGGCUGAUAAAGAGAAAAAUCAGGGGUCUGAGGUAUCAGAGGGGGAGGAAUUGCAAGAAGAAAAGGGGGAAGCCAGAGAAGAUAACAAUGAAGAAGCGCAGGACCGUGAGGGUAAAGCGAAUGAGGAGGUGGAUGGGGAUGGUGAUUUGAUUGGUGGUGUUGAUGUUGAUCAGGAAGCUAUGGAGAAAGUGAAUGAUGAGAAUGAUGGGUUGAAAACUACAAGGAAGAAGAAGAAAAUAUUGGGUCCUUUAUUUGAUUCGAAGGCACAUUAUACUUGGAAAUUAUGCAGUGCAAGAAGCAAGCAUAACUAUAUUCCCUGCAUUGACAUUGAAAGUGCCACCGGAAGGCUGCAGGUUUAUCGGCAUCAUGAGAGAAGUUGCCCUAGAACACGACUGAUGUGCCUUGUUCCUCUUCCCCAUGAGGGUUAUGGGACUCCAAUAAGCUGGCCCGAGAGCAAAUUGAAGAUAUUGUACAAGAAUGUAGCUCAUCCAAAGCUAGCUGCAUUCAUUAAGUCGCAAAGGUGGGUGGUGCAGUCUGGAGAAUAUCUUACUUUUCCCCAGAACCAGUCGGAGAUUAAGAGUGGAAUCAUGCACUAUCUUGAAUUCAUUGAAGAGAUGGUGCCGGACGUUGAAUGGGGAAAAAAUAUACACAUAGUACUGGAUCUUGGAUGUACAGAUUCAAGCUUUGGGGCUUCUCUACUUGAUAGGGAUGUAUUGACACUUACAUUAGGCUUGAAAGAUGACCUUGUGGACCUAGCCCAGGUGGCCCUUGAGCGUGGUUUUCCUGCAGUAAUUAGCCCCUUUGGAAUGCGAAGACUUCCUUUCCCUAGUGGUGUUUUCGAUGCAAUUCAUUGUGGUGAAUGCCACAUACCUUGGCAUUCCAAUGGUGGUAAGCAUCUUUUAGAGAUGAAUAGGAUUUUGAGGCCUGGAGGGUACUUCAUUUUAUCGAGUAAACAUGACAGUAUUGAAGAUGCAGAACGUAUGGUCUCUAUUCACUUCCUAUUGAAGGAUUUUUUUACAGUAUGUGGUUUGUGUUGUCAAUGUUGUAAUAUCAUUUACUUGUGUUAAAACGAGGAUAGCUCUCAAGAAAACAUAGAACCUUAUGCUUUAUUCGUCUAACUGAUUUGUCUUAGACAAUUUUGCAUUUGAGAGGAUUGACUACAUGAUCUGGAGUGGUCUGUUUAUAAUUUGGUGAUCGAGUGAUACAUAUAUAAUGUUAAUUGCCUUCUCCUUCAUACUCAUAAUGUUCUUGCCUUACAAUUUCAUUUCAGUACGAAACUCAGUUGACUUCUGGACCAAUUUAUUCUUUGAUGAUACACCUGUGAUAGGCUCCUCACCUUCUUCCUCCAGGACUACCUCAGAGUAUUUCAUUUACAUCUUCAAUCCCUAUUUGAGAAAUUCCAGUCGACACCGUAAGGCCUAGUUAUCAUGCCUCGAGGUCAUGUUCAUGCUCUUUUGACUAGAAUUUUGGCAACAUGGAUACUUCUCUUUCUUGAAGGCUAGUUUUUAUUUGGCUAUUUUCUUUGCUGUCAAGUACAUCAACUGGUAAACUUUCUUGAAGACCUUCAGCCAUAUGCAUCCCAUUACUUUUCAGUGCACCAGAACUUUUUGAAGCAACUGACUUCGUGAAAAUUCUUGCAUCAUCCAUACAAUGAACUUCUUGAAAACCACAUUUUCUCAUUCCAUUUGCUGCUCUUUUCAGCUAUGUCUAAGCUGACAGCAUCUAUCUGCUGGAAUAUCCUGGCUCAUAAAAAUGAUGAGGACAGUGACAUAGGUGUAAAGAUAUAUCAGAAGCCAGACUCAAACUAUAUAUAUGAAUUGAGAAGAAAGAAAGUUCCUCCUUUAUGCAAGGAAAAUGAGAACCCGGAUGCUACCUGGUAUGUUCCGAUGACAACAUGCUUGCACACCAUUCCUUCUGCAAUUGAACAACGUGGGACUGAGUGGCCUGAGGAAUGGCCCAAGAGGCUUCAAACAUUUCCCGACUGGAUGAACAAUAAAGAGAAAUUGAUUGCAGACACUGAGCACUGGCAGUCUAUUAUUGACAACUCCUACCUCACAGGAAUUGGUAUUGACUGGUCAAAAAUCCGGAAUGUAAUGGACAUGAAAGCCAUCAAUGGAGGGUAUGCAAACAAAGUUAAUAAGUAACAUUUUAUUUCCACUGGCUUUAUAAAUCAAAAAAUAAAGAAAACAACAAGGAAGUCCUAUUGUACUACCUUUUGUGGAUAGGACUGUCAAUGGUACAGACACAAAUGCCAAAAAAGCAUGGAACAUUUUGUUUUAUUCUGUUUAUUGCUAAGGGAGUUGCACAGUUUUGGUUAAAAAUGCAGAUUUGCAGCUGCCCUCUCUCGACAGAAAGUUUGGGUGAUGAAUGUGGUCCCUGUUCAUGCACCAGACACACUCCCCAUAAUCUUUGAACGAGGGCUUGUUGGCAUCUACCAUGAUUGGUGUGAAUCUUUUGGUACUUAUCCAAGAUCAUACGAUCUUUUGCAUGCUGAUCAUCUCUUCUCAAGGCUUAAGAACAGGUGUAAGCAGCCAGUAGCAAUUGCUGUAGAGAUGGAUCGUGUGUUAAGGCCUGGUGGUUGGGCAAUUCUACGAGACAAGGUCGAGAUCCUUGAUCCACUAGAGCGAAUAUUCAGAAGCAUGAACUGGGAGAUCCGGCUGACGUAUGCUCAAGACAAAGAGGGCAUACUCUGUGCCCAAAAGACCAUGUGGCGGCCUUGAAGCUCUGUUUAGCCUGCAUUGCUUGACUCCCCAAUCUUUGAAUCGGGUUCUUCCCCUCCUCUACCAAAUUACAAAGUCAAUCCAAGCCAUUUGCCCCCUUGUGAGUCAAUUUUGCCAGAAAUAUAAGAACAUUAAUUCAUAGUUGUUAACAUAGACAGUAGUAAAUGCAGCACGUAUAUUUUUUCUUCUUCUUCUUUUGUGCUUGUUAUUAUACCUUUUUGGGGGUGUUUAUUGGGAUUUAACAGAAAUU